GUAAACAUCGGCACGUGUGUUGAGGAGAAACUGUGAAAUAAUCUAGCAUUAAACUCGAAAAGCAAUGGCUAGCGCCCAGGUGGAUAAACCACUCCUCUAUCUAGAGGAAUAUAAGCUCAAACAGGAUGCCAACGAUUACGGCAUGUCGGAUGAGUUGUGGGAUUUCGAGCGGUUCAAGCAGCAGCUGCAGAUUGUCGUUGUGCGCUACGAUCAAAACGAGCUGGAGUUCGACAUGAUCGGCGUUAGUCCUGCCGUGGCCAACGUGUUCCGGCGCCUGAUGCUCAGCGAGGUGCCGAGCAUGGCGAUCGAGAAGGUUCACAUCUACAACAACACUUCGAUCAUACAGGACGAAGUGUUGGCCCAUCGGUUGGGGUUGAUCCCUCUGCGUGCCGACCCGCGGAUGUUCGAGUAUAAAGCCAACGAAAGCGAUCCUCCGACGGCGCAGGACACACUGGAGUUCGAGUUGAAAGUCAAGUGCACACGGAAGAACAAAGAAGCAUCGGAAGUGACGAACAAUGAUAGUAUGUACAAAAAUCACAGCGUAUACUCGGGGCAAAUUAAAUGGGUGCCGAUCGGCAAUCAGUCGACCGUAUACACCGAGGCAACCGUCGGUCCGAUCGAUGACGACAUUCUCAUCAGCAAGAUGCGCCCCGGCCAUGAGUUCGACAUCAAACUGUUUGCCGUAAAAGGGGUCGGUAAAGAUCACGCAAAAUUCUCCCCGGUUGCCACGGUUUCCUAUCGACUCCUGCCGGACAUCAAGAUUGAACGGCCGAUCGUGGGAAACGAUGCGCGUUUGCUGCAGAAGUGCUUUUCGCCUGGAGUGAUCGAAAUCGACAAGGAAGAUCGUGCCUUCGUACAAGAUGCCCGAUACGACAGUUGCAGCCGGAACGUCUACCGAUACCCUCAGCUAGCAGACGCGGUCACAAUGGCACGGGUUCGAAAUCAUUUCAUUUUCACAGUGGAAUCGCUCGGUGCCCUCAAGCCGGACGUAAUUUUUGUCGAGGCGGCCAAAUUGUUGAAGAAAAAGUGUCGAAUGUUUUUGGAUGAAAUAAAGGGAAAUUAAAAUCAACGGAAC